AACUUCCAGGCUCCCGCAGGUCGUCUCUACCUUGUCUGGGAGCUUUGCGCCCGGACCGGAACGCUUAUAAGAUCUCCUCCGCGUUCCUGCCGUAAGGAACUCGAGGAGACAACGUCCGUUUCCGGUUGGCUCCAGCUGGAAGGUUGAACCUUGAGUGUCUUGAGAGGUCAGAUUGCUGUCAGACAUGGCAGCUGGGCAUGGACACGAUCACGGACACGGACAUGGACAUGGUCAUGAUAAGUUGGUACUUCCAGAUUACAGACAGUGGAAAAUAGAAGGGACGCCAUUAGAGACUGUCCAGAAGAGGCUUGCUGCACGAGGCCUCAGGGACCCGUGGGCUCGCAAUGAGGCUUGGAGAUACAUGGGUGGCUUUGCAGAAAAUGUCUCCUUCAUGAGCGUGUUUUGCAAAGGGUUCAAAUGGGGAUUUGCUGCAUUUGUGGUGGCUCUAGGGGCUGAAUAUUUGCUGGCCUCCCCGAAUGAUGAUAAGAAGCAUCACUGAAGACAGCAUCUGGAAUUAUCUUGUGACUUCUAUCUCGUAAACCUAAGAUUUCCUCACUCUAGCAUCCUUGACUAUAUAUAUGAUUGUCCUUGAAAGAAUGGUUUAAUAAAGUAAGGAAAAACUU